AUGGAGUGGGUAGGAACUACUAAAAAUAAGUACCAAUACUUGAGAAGAGGAGAUCUCACCCCUGAAGCAAAAGGUUGGUAUGAGCUACUAAAGAGAUCGAUCUUGGGCACAGUGAACAACUCGGAGGUCAACAAGAAGAGAGCUAUCAUGUUAUAUUGUAUAAUAAUGGGAGGAGAAGUGAAGGUUCACGAGAUCAUUGCAAGUGAUAUUCAAAGAAUUGCAGAGAAGAAUUCGGCCGAAGGUUGGCUACACUACCCAAGCACCAUUAUGCGUUUGUGCAUGAAAGCUAAGGUACCAAUGGAGGACGAGAACCCAACAUGGUUGAAUCCGGGCAUGCCUAUAACCUUUGAAAGAAUGAUGAUUGUUACGAAAGCACAGCAAAGCCGAAGGCCACAAAGAAGAAGGCGAAGAGAAGAACCAAGGGAGGAAGAAGAGUCACAAGAGGAACAAGAGGAACAUCAACAAUUCCAACCACACAACAACAUGGACAUGACUCAGAUGCAAGGAGCAAUUGAGAGUUUGUCACAACAAUACACGGUACUUCAAGAGAGGCAAGAAGAGUAUCAUUCACAGUACAAGAAACACCAACAAAGACAAGAGGAACUUCAGCUGAGAAUUAUGAGUCAACAAAGGGAUUUUGAGUCAAAAUUUCUAGUGAUAUAA